AUGUGGAUGAAGAGACACCAGUUUCAGGGAGCAUCUGUGGACUUGAACCUGGCAAUCCCAGAGACCCCUAACCCUGUCAAAGUGGUAGACAUCACAACACCCCUGACCACUAAUCCAGUCAACCUUGAGGUUUUGGAUGAAACACUUGUCCUUCAGUCAGGCUUUGCCACGUCACACUGCACCCCACCACCAGGCUUUGCCCCGGCACCCUGCACCCCACCACCAGAAUUUGCCCCAGCACCCUGCAUUCCACCCCCAGGCUUUUCACCAGCACCCUGCAUUCCACCCUCAGGCUUUUCCCUGGCAACCUGCACCGCAUCGCCAAGCUUCGCCGCUAAUGCCAUGCAAGGCUUUGGCACGGAAAUCAUCCUGAAACAAAUGGUCCUGCUAUUCUUGGAGAGGCUCCCCCCUGCAUCAGAGGAUCUUGAGUCAGAGUUCCUGACUAUCACCAAUCAUAUCUGCACGCUGUUUCAAAGCAUCACUGCCAGAUUCAGCAACAUCGUUAAUGAGGAGCUGGAGAAGUGUACCGACUCUGACAGUAAGCAGUACUGGGCUGACACCUUCUACUGGGAGUACAUGAAGAGGUACCCAUCAUCCCAGUGCCUGGGGAUUGAAGCCUUCACAUGUGAUGAGGAGAGAUGUUUAGUGGUGGCCAACUUGUUUGUAAAGAAGAUGUCCCCCAAGUCGCUCCCCUCAGCAGCAGACUUCGACGAGGCUGAAGAUUCAGGCAGCAAUGGAUCUGUGGACUUGAACCUGGCAAUCCCAGAGACCCCUAACCCUGUCAAAGUGGUAGACAUCACAACACCCCUGACCACUAAUCCAGUCAACCUUGAGGUUUUGGAUGAAACACUUGUCCUUCAGUCAGGCUUUGCCACGUCACACUGCACCCCACCACCAGGCUUUGCCCCGGCACCCUGCACCCCACCACAAGAAUGUGCCCCAGCACCCUCCAUUCCACCCCCAGGCUUUUCACCAGCACCCUGCAUUCCACCCUCAGGCUUUUCCCUGGCAACCUGCACCGCAUCGCCAAGCUUCGCCGCUAAUGCCAUGCAAGGCUUUGGCACGGAAAUCAUCCUGAAACAAAUGGUCCUGCUAUUCUUGGAGAGGCUCCCCCCUGCAUCAGAGGACCUUGAGUCAGAGUUCCUGACUAUCACCAAUCAUAUCUGCACGCUGUUUCAAAGCAUCACUGCCAGAUUCAGCAACAUCGUUAAUGAGGAGCUGGAGAAGUGUACCGACUCUGACAGUAAGCAGUACUGGGCUGACACCUUCUACUGGGAGUACAUGAAGAGGUACCCAUCAUCCCAGUGCCUGGGGAUUGAAGCCUUCACAUGUGAUGAGGAGAGAUGUUUAGUGGUGGCCAACUUGUUUGCAAAGAAGAUGUCCCCCAAGACGCUCCCCUCAGCAGCAGACUUCGACGAGGCUGAAGAUUCAGGCAGCAAUGGAUCUGUGGACUUGAACCUGGCAAUCCCAGAGACCCCUAACCCUGUCAAAGUGGUAGACAUCACAACACCCCUGACCACUAAUCCAGUCAACCUUGAGGUUUUGGAUGAAACACUUGUCCUUCAGUCAGGCUUUGCCCCAGCACACUGCACCCCACCACCAGGCUAUUCCCCGGCACCCUGCAUUCCACCCCCAGGCUUUUCCCCAGCACCCUACAUUCCACCCUCAGGAUUUGCUCUGACAACCUGCACCACAUCGCCAUGCUUUGCCGCUAAUGCCAUGCCAGGCUUUGGCACGAAAAUCAUCCUGAAACAAAUGGUCCUGCUAUUCUUGGAGAGGCUCCCCCCUGCAUCAGAGGAUCUUGAGUCAGAGUUCCUGACUAUCACCAAUCAUAUCUGCACGCUGUUUCAAAGCAUCACUGCCAGAUUCAGCAACAUCGUUAAUGAGGAGCUGGAGAAGUGUACCGACUCUGACAGUAAGCAGUACUGGGCUGACACCUUCUACUGGGAGUACAUGAAGAGGUACCCAUCAUCCCAGUGCCUGGGGAUUGAAGCCUUCACAUGUGAUGAGGAGAGAUGUUUAGUAGUGGCCAACUUGUUUGCAAAGAAAUUGUACCCCAAGAUGUUCCUCUCAGCAGCAGACGUUGACGAGGAUGAAGAUUCAGGGAGCAAUGAAUCUGUGGACAUGAACCUGGCAAUCGCCGACGAAUUUGUCCCUAACCCUGUCAAGGUGUUGGAGUUGCUUCGACCCCUGUCACUGCCAGACAUCAAAAAGACCUUGACCACUAUCCAUGACAAAGUGCUGGACAACACAACAACAACCCUGGUUGAUGCCCCAGUUAAGGUGGACAACAUCACAACACCCCUGGCCACUAAUCCAGUCAACCUUAAGGUUACGGAUGAACUUGUUGACCUCCAGUCAGAAGAUGUUGUGGUCAUUAAACCAAAGAAAAGCAGAGUCAUGAGAUUCUUCCGUCGACUUUGCUGCUGCAUAUACGAAGAUGAUUUGAUGAUGUGA